GACUUAUCAACUUAAAGCAUUCAACAUCCAUAUGUCCUAAAGUGGAACCGUUUCUCCCGGGUCAUUACGAAGUGUUGGAUUUAAAGCCCUCUGGCAAGGUUGCGUCAGUGGAAUUAGUAAAAUUUCAUAGCUAUAAAGAUGAACCACUCCAUGCUGCGUGUGAUACAGUGGAAAAUCUGCCUUCAGGCUUUGAUCUUGAAACAGUAAAAAGCAACAUCCGUAUUCUGUUUGAAAAUGCUGUCAGAAAACGCUUGAUGGCUCACAGAAGGAUUGGUUGUCUCUUGUCAGGGGGCUUAGAUUCCAGCUUGGUUGCAGCUGUUCUUCUGAAACUGAUGAAAGAAAUCGACAUCAAUUAUCCAUUACAAACCUUUGCAAUUGGAAUGGAAAAUAGCCCUGACUUACUGGCUGCCAGAAAGGUAGCAGCACAUAUAGGCAGUGAACAUCAUGAAGUGAUAUUUAAUUCUGAAGAGGGAAUUCAGGCAAUAGAGGAGGUUAUCUUCUCCUUGGAAACCUAUGAUAUAACAACAAUAAGAGCUUCAAUUGGCAUGUAUCUUGUUUCCAAAUACAUACGGAAGAAAACAGACAGUGUGGUCAUUUUUUCAGGAGAAGGCUCAGAUGAGCUGACACAAGGAUAUAUAUAUUUCCAUAAGGCGCCGUCUCCCGAAGAAGCUGCGGAAGAGAGCGAGAGGCUUCUGAAGGAGCUCUACCUGUUUGAUGUACUUCGUGCAGACAGAACUACUGCAGCACAUGGGUAA